AACAUGUUUUAAUUCAAAUCAAUGAAAAUGGUUGAAAUAAUCGAAUUCUGUAUGUAUUUACCGGUGACUUUGGCAGUCGUAACACGUUGAAUCAGUGCUUUCAUUUUGAAUUGUUUUUAUCUUCCUAAAUAUUGCUUAAAGAAAUAAAUUAAAAGUAAGAAAAACAAUUCCAACGUGUUGGUUUUGUUGCUACAGAAAAGAGGUUCUGUGUUAUGGUUGCUUUGACAGUUGAGCACUUCGAAAUAAAGUGUCAAAUCGACUGACACUGACGUUUCUGCAAACAUAAAAAUAAACACAAAUGCACGCAUCGCAAUGUUUACCUCAGCUUAAAAUUAGUUUUACGUUCUAAAUUUGUUGGAAAAAUAAGAAAAAUAGUGAUGGAAGUCACUUGCUAUGUUUGUAAUAAUCGAACAAAAGAAUGGACGCAAAAUCUUGCUGAAACAAAGUCCAAGCACUCUGGCACGCCGAUCACUGUGUUCAUCACUGGAUUCCUCAAGGAUUAUAUCUCUCUGCGAGAUAUAAAUGAUGUGACCAAUUGCAUUUGUUCGGAUUGUUUGAGUCGCAUUUACUCGUACGAUUGGAUGAUUUUGAAGGUGAAAGAGCAGGAAAGGGAAUUCCAUAUGUUACUUAUGUCGACGGAAAAGAAUUUUAUCAGCAGUCGGAUCAAAACAGAGGAUUUAGUUGAAUCGAAAGCAAAGAUUGCGAAUGGACGUAAAUUCAAAGAUGAGAGUAGCAAAGAAGUUAAGCCUGUAUCAGGCACCGAAGCACGGCAAACCGACACUCCCGGGGACAAUGUAAAGAGGAGCAAACCAAUCGUUGUACGAGUUGUAAAACGAGUUCCAUUUCUCAAAUCGAAACCAGUAGCUCUAGCAUCAAUAACAUCAAAAGCUCCAGCACCAAUAGAACCAACAGCUCCAAUACCAGCCAGUCUGAGUGAGCCGCCGUUGAAGAAACGAAUCAUUGAGCCAGAAACAAACAUAAUACAAGUUUCAGACGGGGAUGUGUCUCAAAGAUCAUUUGUUGAGGAUAUGUCUCAAGACGCUGUUCGAGAUCAAUGCCUAGAAACUGUUGAAAAUGCCAAAAAUGCCGAAAAUGUUGAUAGUCAGUCAAGAUGUUUUCGAUGUUUGCCUAGCUUCAAAUCAUCCAAAAAUACCAAAGGCAAAGGAUACUUUGAUAGUUGGGAAAUAGUCACUAAUCCGAGCAUUUUAUCAAGCAAUCAAUUGAAACGAUAUUGCACAUCGUGCAAACUAUUUUGUAAGAAAACCAAAUAUUACGAGAAUCAUAUGGCGAAGCACCAACGAACAUGUGAGCUGUGUGACAUAACUUUCAAAGCGGCCGAUGAACAUGCGGUUCACAUGGUAUGGCAUAAAACGCCGGAAGGUCUAAUGUGUCGAAUCUGUCAAUUUAAAUUGCCUAAUGAAGACGAACAUCGAAAACAUUUAGAUUUACACGAAGGAAAAUCGGAUCGUCAUUGUGUUAUUUGUGAUAAGGGUUACGCUACGAAGGCGAUUAUGAGAACUCAUGUGAAAAACCAUGGUGAACCAGAAGUUCUGUGCGAUCUUUGUGGGAAAGUAUUUUACGGCAAAGACACACUGAAGGUACAUCGAAGACUUCACAUUGAUGAAAAACAAUUCGAAUGCACAUUCUGUUCGAAAGCCUUCAAAACCAUGCAGUAUUUACGUACUCAUUUGCGAAUUCAUACCUCCACAGAACGACCAUUCAACUGCUCAUUUUGCGACAUGAGUUUUAAGCUCAAGGACCACUGGAGGGCUCAUGAAAGACGGCACAUCGAAAAUACAAAAACGGUAAAAUGCACACUUUGUUCGGCGGCUUUUGAACACAAAUUCCACCUGAAGCAACACAUGGAAAGGAGACACAGAUCUGAAUAACCACAAGGAACAACUGAGAAAACAUAUUUUUUUCUAAAACUAGAACAUGACGAAAUAUGUAUUGAAAUAUUCAUUAAAUAUAGUCCAUGAAGAUACUCUAAUCCUAAACGUGAACUACUAUAGUGAAUUACUAUCAAAAAUCGUCAAAACAAAACUUAUAUGUAGGUUUUGGUACUACAUAUGAAAUACAAAGCUAUUGUUCUAACUGUUCCAGUCGUAUAUGGAUAAUAUUGUAAUUUUGAUUCUAUUAUUCAGCGCACUUGCUCAUCAUUUUAUUAGCUUGAAUGUAUAAAGCAACCCAAGAUUUCUCUAUAUGCUAAAAAUAUCGUUGGUCAUCUUUUCCAAACAAACGAGAUUUUGAACAAAUAUUUUUUUAGUUUGAUCAGUUUCACUGUGACUAAAAAUGACGACACACAACGUGUGGUUUGGUAGUAAUGAACUUGCUCUAAAUAUCAAUAUAGUAUUGGAAUCGCUCUGUUGUAGAAAAAAAUAAAUGAAUUUAACUGAAAAUCUAUCCGAGAGGGGUUCUGUGUUGUGGUUAUUUUGACAAUUGAACAUUCUAACGUAUAGUGUCAAAUCGAGUGACAUUUCAACAAACAAUAGAAAUUCAUGCAAUUUCAUUUACUUUGGCCUAAAAUUUUAGUUUAACGUUAUAAAUUCAUUAGGAAAAUAAGAAAAAUAACAAUGGAAGUGAUUUGUUACGUCUGCAAUGAGCAGACCGACGAAUGGCGUCGAAAUUUUACCAAACUCAAGUCACAACAUUCGAAUACGCCGAUUGUUGAUUUACUCAAGCGAUUUCUCGACGACUUUGAAUCACAGCGAAACAUUGAAAGCGAAUCGAAUUGCAUUUGUGCAAAGUGUUUGAAUCGCAUCGAUGACUACGAUUGGAUGUAUGUCACGUGCUCGGAGAGGGAAAAAGAGUUGAAGGAGCUUCUUUGGGCCACAGAAAAAUCGCACAUUUAUCAAGCAACUGUAUUGCUUCCAGAACCGGAAUAUGCAUUAAAUCCAGAUGUACUGCCAAAAGAAAUUAAAAUUGAACAGGAUUGUGAGGUUAAAGAAAACGAACCAAAUGAACUAUGGACAAUCAUUGAAGUAGUGCAAAUGCAACCGAGACAGUCUCCGUCAAGAGAAAAUGAAAUCAGUGAGCCACCGUCAAAGAAGCAAAGUAUUGAACCGAACUCAAAUGAGAGCAAAACUCCAGUCGAGUACAAAUAUACUGUACUUGAACGACGUUGUCAGCCAAAUCCAAAAUCAAAAAACCCAUUGAUACCCAGCUAUCAAAAAGAUCUUGAACGAACGACGACACAGAGAAGACACGAAGAAAUUUAAAUGUAGCAUUUGUCCUGCGGCUUUCGAAUCCAGACACGAUUUGAAUCUACACUUGCAACGGAAACACGAUGCUGAAAAACCACACGAUAGAAAUCGGCGAUAAAUUCAAACAUUGACUGAUGGUUUUAGGCAUAAGCCAGUGACAAAGCGAUAGCUAAUCAACACAAGUAAUUGUAAAAUAAGUACUUAAAAUUACUUUGAACACAGAAAAAAGACAUUGUUCGUAUUAUUUAAUUGAAUAUUUUGACAAUUUGCAUUAUUGCCCAUCAGAAGUAGAUGAACAAAAAUGUGUUAUAUAGAAAAUACAUUAGAUUGAUUGAGGGCAGCUCAAAUAAAUUAUGGAUUAGACAUUAAUUCAUUUGGAUGGAUUCGAAAAGUUGAAUGAAAAUUUCAAGAAAAAGCUCUUACUCUUUAGAAUUUACUGAUUUAAAUUUUUUUUUUGUUCCUGUGAAUUUAUCAAUUUGAAUUGAAUUUGUCAUUCCCAUAUAAAUACUCUGUACUAGGAUUAUAAUUGAUGGUUCCAAAUAUCAAUAAAUUUCAACAAAUGACAACUCAAAA